ACGACGACGUUGAGCUGCUCACUCGUCAUUCGCACAAUGAAGCUCCUUUCUCUCAUCCUAACCCUCUCCCUCUCCCUUCUCCACCUAGCCUCAGCCUACACCAAUCCAAUCCGCAAUCCAGGCGGUGCGGACCCUUUCAUCACCAAAUCCGGCGAUGGCUACUACUACUUGCUGAGCACGGAAUGGGAUUCUGUGCGCAUCUCACGCGCGCUCACGAUCGAAGGACUGAAGACAGCACCGAGUAAAGUGAUUUACCAGUCUACGGCAACGAACCGGUGCUGCAAUGUCUGGGCGCCGGAGUUGCAAUGGAUGGGUGAUCGGUGGUAUCUUUACUUUACUGCCGGAGGGGAUGCGAACCUCGAUAACCAGAGGGCGCAUGUAGCUAGAGGUGGUGUAAGCGCCUGGGACGACCCCUACACCUACGUCGGCGCCAUGAGCAAUCAAUGGAGCAUCGACGGCUCCGUCCUACGCUUCAAUGCCCCCUGGGGCAACCACUUUGUCUACUCAUGCUUCAACGGGCUGCAGUACCAAUCCAUCUGCAUUCAAAAGCUGGCCAACGACAACGUGUCCCUCGUCGGCGCUGUCUCCGUCAUCUCGCAGCCCACUGCAUCCUGGGAGCGCCAGCAACACCCCGUCAACGAAGGUCCCGCACCGCUCUACAUGGGCGGAAAAACGCACCUCGCCAUCUCAGCCUCGUACUGCUGGAGUCCGGCGUAUUGCUUGGGUCUGCUGACGUGGAAUGGGAGCGGGAAUCCUGUGCAGGUGAGUUCGUGGACGAAGAGCGGGGGAUGCGUUUUCAAGAGCGCGAAUGGGCAUUACGGUACUGGUCAUAAUUCGUUUUUCACGGCUGCUGAUGGGCAGAUUUAUAAUACUUUCCAUGCUACGUCGAAUGCGGCGGGAGCUUGCGAUGAUAAUCGGUAUGCCAUGGUUCAGCCGGUGACUUUGAGUAAUGGGAAUCCUAAUUUCGGUGUUCCUGCGCCCUUUAGUCAGGCUUUUACUGAGCCUGCUUGAUUGAGAAGGGAUCGGAGUUUGGUGUAUAAAGAAAAUGUAGUCAGUUGGUCUACCAGUAGCCCGGACGUCGAGGCUUUCC